CAGAUAUUGUUUUUCUUUUGAGCUCUGGUCGAUGGAUUUAUCACAAAAAAUACAACAACAUUUUAGCUAGAAAUUGUGUAACAUGGGGGACUGGAGUUUUCUGGGGCGGCUACUGGAGAAUGCUCAGGAACACUCCACUGUGAUCGGCAAGGUGUGGCUCACAGUGCUCUUCAUCUUCCGGAUCCUGGUGCUUGGCACGGCUGCAGAGGAGGUCUGGGGCGACGAGCAGUCGGACUUCACUUGCAACACCCAACAGCCGGGCUGCCAGAACGUGUGCUACGACGAGGCCUUCCCCAUCUCUCACAUCCGCUUCUGGGUGCUGCAGAUCAUCUUUGUGUCCACUCCCACGCUCAUCUACCUGGGCCAUGUCCUGCACAUUGUCCGUAUGGAGGAAAAACGCAGAGAGAAGGAGGAGGAGCUGCGCAAGGCCAGCCAGCACCAGGACGAGCGCGACCCACAUUACGGCAGCAGAGCAGGGGAAGGGAGCCGAGGGAAAAAAGAGAAGCCCCCGAUCAGAGACGAACAUGGUAAAAUCCGCAUUCGGGGAGCUCUGCUGCGAACAUACGUAUUCAACAUCAUCUUCAAGACGCUGUUUGAGGUGGGCUUCAUCCUGGGACAGUACUUCCUGUAUGGCUUCCAGCUCAGACCACUGUAUAAGUGUGGCCGCUGGCCUUGCCCCAACACGGUGGACUGCUUCAUCUCCCGCCCCACGGAGAAGACCAUCUUCAUCAUCUUCAUGCUGGCAGUGGCCUGUGUCUCUCUGCUACUCAACCUUCUGGAGAUCUACCACCUGGGAUGGAAGAAGGUAAAGCAAGGGGUCACCAACGAGUUAGCGCCAGACCGAGAGUCUCUUGCUCUGGCCACAGAAGAGGGGGCGAAGUCAGAGACCAUCCCAGAAAGGAUCUCUCCCCCGGCACUGAACUGCCUGCCAGCAUACCCGGGGAGUGUGAGUGUGUUGGGGCAGGAGGGGUUUUUGUCCUCUGAGCAGGCCGCCACCCUGGCCCCUCUCUCCCCCACCCUGGCCUCUCUUUCCCCCACCCUGGCCUCUCUCUCCCCCACCCUGGCCUCUCUCUCCCCCACCCUGGCCUCUCUCUCCCCCACCCUGGCCUCUCUCUCCCCCACCCUGGCCUCUCUCUCCCCCACCCUGGCCUCUCUCUCCCCCACCCUGGCCUCUCUCUCCCCUCCACUGGUUGAAGCCGAGCUCAAGAUGGACGACUUCCAGCACCAAGACUUGCUCGAGGCACCGCCCACAUGCUUCUAUGGUAGGGAGCAUAGCAGCCAACAGCAGCUGGAGGAGAACUGGCACAACAUGGAACUGCAGACUCUGGCCUACCCUCCUCCUCCAUCCCCCCCUUCCUCAUACUCCUCCCACUUCUCCUCCUACCCUGACCAGGAGCAGCCGCCCUUUCACCAGGUGGCCCUCCCACCCCACUCCUCUCCUCUCGGACAAAGGAACCCACAGGAAGAGGAAGACGGGAGAGAGGAUUUGGAGGUUCCUCUGCCACUGUCGCACACUGAUGAUGUCAUGGUUACCAGGGUGGAGAUGCACGAGCCCCCCAUCACUAUAGCGACAGACGUCCGGAGGCUGAGCCGGGCAAGCAAGACCAGUAGCAUACGAGCCCGGCCCGACGACCUUGCGGUGUAACUUCACACACACACUUACACACACAUACACACACUUACACACACAUACACAUACAUACACACACUGCCUGUCUUGGCCAGGUCUCCCUUGAAAAAUAGAUUUUUAAUCUCAAUGGGACCUUUCCUGGUUAAAUAAACAUAUAUACACACACACUUACACACACAUUUACACACACUUACACAGACACACACUUACACACAUACACUGUAGCCACCCAGGGGACUUGAAGGCCUGAUUCACAAUGAAAUAGGACUCAGAGACAUUUGGGGUAAACAUAAAUUGUCCUUUAAUAACGGAUGUCAGGGUAAGGGUAGUGGGACAAACUUUAAAUCAGGAUUCUUCCUGUCCGGGGUCUGUUGGCCUUCAUGGGGUGUGGUCCUGUGGGGGUUAAAAGCAGAGUGUGAGGUCAGUCUUUUCCAGCCAGUCUCUUUGCUGAAUAACGCUCCUUCAGGUUUGUCCCUCUGGUCUUUUGUUCCUCCAUGCGGCCUCGGGCUGGCUCCCUUUAUGCCCUCCCCUGAUCACCUGAUGGGCUGCAGGUGUGACCGACUGCAGGUGUGACCAGUGGCUGCAGCAUUUCAACAGGCAGAUAGACUCCUUCUGUCACCUCCCCUAAUCUAAGCCUAUGGACCCCCCCUCUGUGCCGGAUUGGCUGGUCUGUUUUCCCUGGUUUGCUACAACACUCUCUCACACACACACACCAUCCUGCACACAUACACAUGCACACAGUCACACACACACUGGACACGCACCCUGAUGCCCCCGGGCUCUGUUCUUGAUAUGUUUAUAUCAUAUGAAGAGGAGAGGGUGGGAAUAGCUGGAGUUAGAUGCUCCAAACAAGAUAAUUAUGUGGAUAUGCAAUUGAUGUGUGGAGGCAUUGGUGGCAACAUCUGUUGGAGAGCACACACACCCGUAUUUAUCAUUUGCAAAACAAACGCAAUGAUGAAUGGGAUAGAUAUGCUGGACUAGGGUUAGGAUUAGACAUUCUGGACUAACUGAUUUGGGACGUUAACAAACUAUUUUGUCCUGCAUCUACUUUUAUUCUAACUCUUUCUUAGUUUUUUGGUUGAGAUACAUCCGGAGAGAGGUUUGCACUCAU